UUGUCACGUCCACCGUCGAAACUUCGUAAUUUAUCAAUACGCCGAGGACCGGCGUUUUGGAAGUACGGUUAAGUUCGUUGGCUAAGUAAAGACAGUGAAGACAUUCAGGCACCACUUAGCCGUGACUGCAUCGUAUAGCCAGGAGCGAGCUGCUACCAAAGUUUGCCACGGCGACGUGGGACACACCUGAUCGCUCGUUACGCGCGUUGGCGACUGCAACGUAGUGGCUAAAUGGUGUUUUUGUCACGUACCUUUCUCGUGGCGGUUUAAAAACGUGCCGGAGUGUCCGCACCGGCUGGCACUCUUUCUGUGAGCCUCCUGCUGAUCGGUGCUCCCGCGCUGAAGCGCUCAGUCUACCAUGUCUCUUUACGACGGUCUGGGCUUGGACUCGAAGGACAAAGGUCCGAGGGAUCAGAAAGCUGAUCUCGCGGGAUGGUCAUCGGGAAUAAAGCUCUUGCAGUCACAGCUGCAGCUGAAAAAGGCUGCCAUGACACAGCCCAGGCGGGACAUUAUUCGCAAGGGAAGUGCAAUCAUGGCUCCUGUAAUGGACCUCAAGUCCAGAAGAGAUGACCCAGAUGAAAUGCCACCUCCUCCAGCAAUCUUUGCCCAAGCCAGAGAAGGCCCCAACACAGCAUCCCUGCUGGGUGGAGACUGGGAUGUCCGGUUGGAGUAUGACCCCCUGUGGCCCAACGACUAUGAGAAGUUGACCAAAGAACGUCGAGAGCGGAAAGAGAAGGAAGAUCGCAAGCAUGAUGAUAGGAAGCGGCGAGACAAAGGGGACCGGGAUCGGGACCGUGAGAAGGACCGUCCUCCGAUCGACGAUGCCUCCCCUCCUCGACCUUCCAGAGCAGGCUUAGCAGGAGCAGCAAUUGCACCACCGCCUUCACUUGUCCAAGACACGGGUGGCCGAGAUGACCCUGGCAGUCCAAGACCAGGCAUUGGGUCCGGAUCAGUUGCUCAACGCAUCAUGGCUCGCUACGGCUACAAGGCGGGCCAGGGCUUGGGCAAGCAGGAGCAGGGCAUGAGCCAGGCACUGCAGGUGGAAAAGACGAGCAAGCGUGGUGGUAAAAUCAUUCACGAGAAGGACAUCGCAAAAGAUCCUCUGCCCCCACCAGUGCCUCCAAUGGCUCCUCCAUUGAUGGGCCCUCCUCCUUCCAGCAUUAGUCAACAGCAGCAGCAACAGCAGCAGAAUGAAUCCAUCACCGACAUGAUGCGCAACCCGUCCAAGGUGGUCCUCUUGAGGAAUAUGGUGGGGCCUGGCGAGGUCGAUGACGAUCUUGAGCCAGAGACAAAAGAGGAGUGCUCUAAGUACGGAGAAGUGGUGCGAUGUCUCAUCUACGAAAUGCCAGGCGUUGCUGAUGAAGAUGCUGUGCGUAUCUUUAUUGAGUUCAAGAGCAUGGCAUCUGCCAUCAAAGCUGUUGUUGACACCAACGGCCGUUACUUCGGUGGUCGUAUUGUCAAGGCAUCCUUCUAUGACCAUGACAAGUUCAAGCGCCUCGAAUUAUCAGACUGACUCUUCACCUAGGCGCUUGUCUCUGUACAUAUACCCUUGGCAUCAAUAAAAAUGUAAUUUCAUUCAUUUCA